GCUGGCGAGAAGCUAGUUAGGCCCCUGCUCUCGUGGAGCUUGCCUGUUGGACUGGUCAGACCUCAAACGUUUAACCAGCAAAUAAAAUAAUCACUGCAUUUUGGUGGAGAUCGUUCCUGCAGGGCUUUGUCGGACGCGGGAAGGAAUCUGGAUUUCCGUGAAGGCAGUGAGUGGCUACGGGGAUUGUAAGUAGGGAGGUGAGCAGCCUUAGGGAAAUCACCGUGGUUCCCAGGGCUUGGGGCUGAAGGAGGGAAGAGGGAGUCCUGAAGACCACACUCGCGGCAUCCGUUUUGACCAUUCCAGUCGGAUCCACUUGUCUUUUCUUUCUUUAAGAAAUAUUAUUAUUUUAAAAGACUUUACUUAUUUAUUCACGAGAGACAGGCAAGCAGAGACACAGGCAGAGGGAGAAGCAGGCUCCCUGCGGGGCAGCCCGAUGCGCAGGUCUCGAUUCCAGGACCCCGGGAUCACGCCCUGAGCCAAAGGCAGACGCUCAACCCCUGAGCCACCCGGGAGCCCGCAGGCAUGUGGUGUGAUAGUAGAAUUAAUCAAAAGCAAGAAAAUGGCUGGAAGAGCUGUCUUGUUGGCAGGACCUCCUGGAACUGGCAAGACAGCCCUAGCUCUGGCUAUCGCUCAGGAGCUGGGUAGUAAGGUCCCUUUCUGCCCAAUGGUGGGGAGUGAAGUUUACUCCACGGAGAUCAAGAAGACAGAGGUGCUGAUGGAGAACUUCCGCAGGGCCAUUGGGUUGCGGAUAAAGGAGACCAAGGAGGUUUAUGAAGGUGAAGUCACAGAGCUGACUCCAUGUGAGACAGAGAACCCCAUGGGAGGGUAUGGCAAAACCAUUAGCCAUGUGAUCAUAGGACUUAAAACAGCCAAAGGAACCAAACAGUUGAAACUGGACCCCAGCAUUUUUGAAAGUUUGCAGAAAGAGCGAGUAGAAGCUGGAGAUGUGAUCUACAUUGAAGCCAACAGUGGGGCUGUGAAGAGGCAGGGCAGGUGUGAUACCUACGCCACAGAAUUCGACCUUGAAGCUGAAGAAUAUGUCCCCUUGCCAAAGGGCGAUGUGCAUAAGAAGAAGGAAAUCAUCCAGGAUGUGACCUUGCAUGAUUUGGACGUGGCCAACGCACGGCCCCAGGGGGGGCAAGAUAUCCUGUCCAUGAUGGGCCAGUUAAUGAAGCCAAAGAAGACAGAAAUCACAGACAAACUUCGAGGGGAGAUUAACAAGGUGGUGAAUAAGUACAUUGAUCAAGGCAUUGCUGAGCUGGUUCCAGGUGUACUCUUUGUUGAUGAGGUCCACAUGCUGGACAUAGAGUGCUUCACCUACCUGCACCGGGCCCUGGAAUCUUCCAUCGCCCCCAUCGUCAUCUUUGCAUCCAACCGAGGCAACUGUGUCAUCAGGGGUACUGAGGACAUCACUUCUCCUCAUGGCAUUCCUCUUGACCUUCUGGACCGUGUGAUGAUCAUCCGGACCAUGCUGUACACCCCACAGGAAAUGAAACAGAUCAUUAAAAUCCGAGCCCAGACAGAAGGAAUCAACAUCAGUGAGGAGGCACUGAACCACCUGGGGGAGAUUGGUACCAAGACGACUCUGAGGUACUCCGUGCAGCUGCUCACCCCCGCCAACUUGCUGGCUAAGAUCAAUGGGAAGGACAGCAUCGAGAAAGAGCACGUCGAGGAGAUCAGUGAGCUCUUCUACGAUGCCAAGUCCUCGGCCAAGAUCCUGGCUGACCAGCAGGAUAAGUACAUGAAGUGAGACAGCCAAGGUUCCCUUCGAGAGACACCUGGAGGGCUUGGCUGGGUGCAGCCUGUGGGCGGGGGGCUCGCACUGCGCUCAGCUCUGUCCCCCUGCGGCAGUGGCUGGCGGCACCACCAGUGGGGAAAGGGUCUUUAUAAAUUAUCGUAACUUCUGCAGUGGCUUUGAAGGAACCCUGCCUCACCUGGCGUGUUUUCUAAUAAAGUCUUGUAGGUUAUUUUGA